CGCUGGCCAUUAGAUUAAGUUUUCAGGGUGAGAUUACUUAAGUAUUUUUACCUUUUGUACUUUUUUUUUUUUUUUAACAGGCGGAGUGGAUAGUGAGAGAAAGGUCUUCCUUUUUGCCAUUGGUUCACCCUCCAAUGGCCGCCGCGGCCGGCGCACUGCGGCCAGUGCAUCGCGCUGAUCCAAAGCUGGGAGCCAGGUGCUUCUCCUGGUCUCCCAUGGGGUGCAGGGCCCAAGCACCUGGGCCAUCCUCCACUGCACUCCCGGGCCACAGCAGAGAGCUGGCCUGGAAGAGGGGCAACCGGGACAGAAACCAGCGCCCCAACCGGGACUAGAACCCGGUGUGCCGGCGCCGCAAGGCGGAGGAUUAGCCUAGUGAGCCGCGGUGCUGGCCCCUUUUGUACUCAUAAUAGAAAUGUUAUAAACAAAUAGAUGCUCCUUAUCUAUUCCUUUCUCCCCUGGAAAGGACAAAGUCCAAGUUAAUUGUGCAUGUGUCAGGGUAUAAAGUAAAGUCUAAAAACGAAAUUUAAUAAACUUCUGCAUACAUUUAGGACAGAUAUUCUCUUGGUUAACUGAGCUUUUCAGAAUUUUGCAUGAAAGUGGAUUUCCCAAAGGAGAAGGAUCUCAGUCUUAGAGUUCUCACUAGCUUCCUUCACAUCCUAUUAACAAUGUUUUCCAAACUAGCCUUUAAACUUUGUUUUGUAUGAACAGGGUCAAAGGUUUAUUGACUGGUCUAAGUAGAGGGGGAAAGAGUUCUCUUCACUGAUGUUUCAUGAGGAGAAGUGCUUCAGAAACUGCAACUUAGAGAAUAUGUGGGUUGAGUCUCAGGAAGACUGUCUCCUGCAUGGACUGCAACUGAAUCGUUUCAGACAUGAGCACCCAAGCAAAGUACUUGUAGAAGAGAGAAAGAAAAUUACAUCGGAAUCCAUGCAGCCUGCAAUGAUGAUGUUUUCCAGUAAAUAUUGGGCAAGGAGAGGGUUGUCUCUGGAUUCAGCAGUGCCAGAAGAACAUCAGCUACUUGGCAACUUAACACUCAACAAAGCUACUUCUGGCAAAAGUGAUGACAAGAAAGGCAGCAAGGGAAGCAACAAAAGCGAAAGCACUACUGAAAGUGGCAAGACAGCAGUGGUCUUCUCCUUGAAAAAUGAAGUUGGCGGAUUGGUGAGAGCUCUGAGGCUCUUCCAGGAAAAACAUGUCAACAUGGUUCAUAUCGAAUCCAGAAAAUCCCGGCGAAGAAGUUCUGAGGUUGAAAUCUUUGUAGACUGUGAGUGUGGCAAAACAGAAUUCAAUGAGCUCAUUCAGUUGCUGAAAUUUCAAACCACAAUUGUGACACUGAAUCCGCCGGAGAACAUUUGGACCGAGGAAGAAGAGCUAGAGGAUGUUCCCUGGUUCCCUCGGAAGAUCUCUGAGUUAGACAAAUGUUCUCACAGAGUUCUCAUGUAUGGCUCUGAGCUUGAUGCCGAUCACCCAGGAUUUAAGGACAAUGUCUAUCGACAGAGAAGAAAGUAUUUUGUGGAUGUGGCCAUGGGUUAUAAAUAUGGUCAGCCCAUUCCCAGGGUGGAGUACACUGAAGAAGAAACCAGAACUUGGGGCAUUGUCUUCCGAGAGCUCUCCAAACUCUACCCCACUCAUGCUUGCCGGGAGUAUUUGAAAAACUUCCCUCUGCUGAGUAAAUACUGUGGCUACCGGGAGGACAAUGUGCCUCAGCUUGAAGACGUCUCUACGUUUCUGAAAGAAAGGUCUGGCUUCACUGUGAGGCCGGUGGCCGGAUACCUGAGCCCGCGCGACUUUCUCGCAGGACUGGCCUACAGAGUGUUCCACUGUACUCAGUAUGUCCGGCAUGGCUCGGACCCCCUCUACACCCCGGAACCAGACACAUGCCAUGAACUUCUGGGACACGUCCCCCUACUGGCGGAUCCUAAGUUUGCUCAGUUUUCACAAGAAAUAGGACUGGCGUCUCUGGGAGCAUCAGAUGAAGAUGUUCAGAAACUGGCCACGUGCUAUUUCUUUACAAUCGAGUUUGGUCUUUGCAAGCAAGAAGGACAGCUGCGAGCAUAUGGAGCAGGACUACUUUCCUCCAUUGGAGAGUUAAAGCACGCUCUGUCUGACAAGGCGUGUGUGAAAGCCUUUGACCCAAAGACGACUUGCUUACAGGAAUGCCUUAUCACCACCUUCCAGGAAGCCUACUUUGUCUCAGAAAGUUUUGAAGAAGCCAAAGAAAAGAUGAGGGACUUUGCAAAGUCAAUUACCCGUCCCUUCUCAGUGUACUUCAAUCCCUACACACAGAGUAUUGAAAUUCUGAAAGACACCAGAAGUAUUGAAAAUGUGGUGCAGGAUCUCCGCAGCGAUUUGAACACAGUGUGUGAUGCCUUAAACAAAAUGAACCAAUAUCUGGGGAUUUGAUGUCUCAUACCACUGUUGUUGCCUGCAUGAUCUUUUUGAAGCUUAGCAGCAAAUUCAGUCAAUGUCAUAUUACACCAAUAGUGUUCUGUGUCAUGGCUUGACUAGUAAGCAUGCAAUCCUGUAUAUCUAUACCACUUGAAACUUACUGUGUUAAUGUGUGAACACCAUAAGGAACCCCACCACAGAUAACCACUCAUUGUAUGAAAGUUUGUAAAUGUUUCAAUGUCUUAAAUGGAUGUGAUAUUCUUGCAUAGUGCCCUUAACCAAACUGCAACUCUUUCAAACCUGUAACAAAUGGCCCUCUUAUGAUUCUAGCUUAUGACCUUUUCUUCCUUGGAUCUGAGCCUUUCCUCUGUAUUCAUUAGAUAAAAUGGAAAUAGCAAUGAAGCUGUUUCUAUUUUUAAUAGUAUCAGUGUUUUCACAGCAUUAUUUGAGAUAAACGCAGACUUGUAGGAAACCUUGCUUCACAUUUACAGAAGACUCAGCAUUCUGCUUCAAAAACCAUCGUGGUAACACUAGAGUUGGAAUGACUUUUAGGUUCAGUAUUUAUACAAUACAAGAAAACAGAAGUUUUUACUAAUGGAAUGUAUAGGUUGCACUGACCUUGUAAAAACUGAAUUUUGGCCAGCUUCUUUAAGCAUUUUGGAAGAUAAUGCGUCCAGAGAGAAUGUUAGAAGGACUAAACACUGGAGAAUAAAUACUGGGACUCUGAAUUUUAAGCUGAAAUAAAGUCAAUUAUUAUUUCAA